UAGAGGAGCCAGUUUGGAAGAGGAAGUUGUCGGCUAAUUUGUGAAUAAAUCGGGACAGUGAGAUCAGCUUGACUCGCCAUAUCUUGGGGAAAGUUACUGUGUUUUGAGACAGAAUGGAAGCCCGACAGGACAGUUCACCCAUGGAGGCUUUCGACAAGGACGUGUUGGAAAUGACUGUUGAGGAUGUUUAUGAUAUUUCCUACGUGAUCGGCAGAGAUUUAUUAAAAGUCAACACAGGUGGCCGGGAAUUCUCGGAUUUACAGUUCAAAAUCGUCCGUGUGCUGGAGAUGUUUGAGACAAUGGUGAACAAGUACAAUCUGUCGAUGGAGGAGCUGAGGAUGGAGAGGGAUAAUAUGAAGCGAGAAAUGGAAAGAGUUGUAGCAGAAGGUUCAAGUGGUGACGUUAAUACUAACAAUGAAAGUAUUGGGCCAAACAAACUAGUUGUCGACUUAAAAGACCCAAACAGACCAAGAUUCACCAUGCAGGAGUUAAAGGAGGUUCUGCAGGAGAGAAACAAACUCAAAGCCCAGCUUAUGGUGGCCCAAGAGGAACUACAGCUCUACAAGAGUGGGGUCCUCGGGUCAGAGCAAAGCAUGGUGGAAAUAAAACUGGACACGCUUCCUCAGUCAGAACCAGAACCCUCCAGUAUUAUAGAGGAGAACAAAGAGAAGAGCACGAUUCAGAAAUUGUUCUCAUUUCGAGGCAAGUAGUCAUCUGCAAAACCUAACCAGGAUUUAAUACAACAAACCAAACGCACCCGAAACAAGCGAAGCCCUUUCCAGCAGAGCGAGUGACUUUUUUAACAAUACUGACCCAUUUCUGGCUGGAAAUCCUUUGCCUAACUAUUUUUUAAAUGAGUUUGUUUUAACUUGGUGUUUGUAACUGUUCUCACUUACUUCAUAAUUGAAUGUGAAGCCAAACAUGAAUGAGUAGAUGUCAAAAACACAAAUGUAACUAACAUCCAUUUUCUAUUUUAGUUUUAAUCAGUUUUAAUUCAGUCCGGUUAUAUAAUUAGCACAACGACACAGUUUGGAACUGAUUUUGGUGACAAUAUAUAGAAAACACCUCUGUUAACACACUUUUGGACAGAAAAUAUCCAUAUGACUUUGCAUAUCACUUUCCAUUCCUAAUAUCAAUAAACUAGGGAUUGCAGAGUUAAAUUUAAGAGGUACUUCAACUAAACUAUUUUUUUUUGUACCAGGUAACAAUAUUUAAUAAAACUCGAUGGUAUAUGAAGUCAUUAAUUGUGGGCCAUAUGAAUGUAAAUAUAUAUUUUUAACUUGUUUUUAUUGGCCUGUACUAGUUCUAGAAUUAUAUAUAAAAAAUGCUAUUCUUAAUAUUUGGACCCUGUUGUUUGUACAUGGAUUAACAUUACAUGGAGUUGCUUAAUAUAAUAUU